CCGAGGCUGUGGACCCUCGGACACAAACAAAGCUAAUACCAGUUUUUCUCCAGGGACUUUCCUUUUUACUAAGGGAGCUAGUCCAGUGACUGGAGGACUGAUGUUAUAUUCAUGCAGCAGCCUGUGUUGCUGAGGAGACAUGCUGCAUCUUUCUGUAGUAGUUGGAAUGUCCUGCGACUGAUGGCUUCAUGCCCAGCUAAAAAGCAUUGCUAGCCCAGCCAGGAGGUGACAAAGAAAUGAGUGAGCAGUCAGUGAGCUUUGUGGACCUCAGAUUUCAUACUCCUGCAGAGCAGAAGAGAAAACGAAGACCAAAGCAUGCCAGGGUCACAGAAUUUCCUCCAUCUUCACCAUGGCUCCUUACAGUGAUUCUGGGGCUCCUCUGUCUGGCUUUGCUAGUAACGGCAAGGGUUUGGGUUGCCAUGGUUCUCCAGGCUUCACAUCAAGUGGGAAGACAGAAUGAGGAACUUAUCCAGAAACAGGCUAUUCUGAAAAACUUCACCAAACUGCAGGAAAUCUUGAAAAACUGCAUGCAGCAAAGAGGAGAUAAAUGCAGCUCUUGCCCUGAGGGCUGGAUACAGCAUAGAAGGAAGUGUUACCAUUUUACACAUGAAAGGAGCUCCUGGGAGAAGAGUCGAGAAUACUGCUCGUCUCACAGCUCCAGACUGCUGAGGAUAGAGAACAAGGAAGAAUUGGAUUUCAUAAACAGACUGGUGUGUUUUCACUGGAUUGGACUAUUCCGUACGGGAGCUGCUACAAGCUGGAUGUGGGAGGAUGGCACAGCUUAUUCUACUGAGCUGUUCCAAGUAAAGAGGAAAGAGCCUGGAGCAUCCUGUGCACUUUUGAAGGCAGGAGAAGCCACCUCCUAUAAUUGUACUGAACAAUAUCGCUGUAUUUGUGAGAAGAGAGCUGCUUAGCUGAAGCCUGCUGAACAACACAAGAAGAUCACAGCAUCCGUGAGACACAUAAUCCUGGGAUGUUCCAAAGAGAAAGAGAAAUCACAACCCCUUCGAUUUGCUGUGUUACCAUUCAGACUGAUGGCUGCAGUUUCAGGUGAUAAAACACACAGCAGACUGUCAAGAAGCAGGGCAGAAACCCCAAACUGGAAUCUUCUCCAGCCAACCAGAGCACUCCCACCAUACUGAAUGACUGUCAUUCCCACUUGGGUUGAUAAGAGUUGAUUUCAGAGGCCAUUAGUGCAAAUAUUAAUAAAUACUUUGUAAAAAAAUAUAGAGUGUUGUUUGUGCACUGGGUGUUUUAUGGAAAAAUACAAUUUGCCCCAAAGAGCUUACAGUGUAAAUUCAAACAAAAUACAAUCAAUGAGGCUCAUACAGAGACAAAAGAGGAAUGGGAGAGGAAGAGAUUCACCAUCUUGGUGAAUGGGGAUUGA